AUGUCAUGGCAUUCUUUUGCCAACCCUAAUAUAAAAGAGAGAGAUGAUGGUUUGGGUUCAGGUCAAUUACAUCGUCAUGGAAGAAAUUAUAUUCCUGUUGAUGAAGAAACUUUAUUCGAAAUUCAGAAUAAAAAAAACGUUGGUAAAAAAAAAAAAUCCCUACCUCUUCCACCAUCGCCUCCUCAACCUAGAUCUUAUAGAGAUCCUAUCCCUCCUUCUAAAACCAAGCCUUCUUACAGAUCUUCACCUUCCACUUCUCAUAGGCCACCACCACCAACGUCAACACCAACGUCAGCAUUAAAUUAUUAUAAUCAGAAACAAACAACAAUACCUUCAAGCACUCUGAAUUCACAAUCUGAUAAAAAUCCUUCUUCACCACAACAAGAUUAUUAUAAUCAUCAUGAUUCAUAUCCAAUGGUUAAUCCAGCAUUAGAACAGAAUUAUUCUACUAUUCCAAAAUGUGUUGAUAAUCAUGAUCAUGGCCAGCUUCUUUUAACAAUAAAUGCGGAACUUGAGGAUGGUCAUACUCUAACAAUCUGUGUUCAUGUCAAUGAUGAUCCUGCUGACUUGGCAAAAAAUUUUUGUGAUUCAUUGAAGGUAACAAAUCCAUUGUUGGAACCUGCAUUAGUAGCUUUAAUUGAAGAAGAAAUGGAUGUUGAAUUUGCAAUUGAGUAUGAACGAAUGAAAGGAAAACGGGCAUUGUUCCCGUUAGGCUUUCAUUGUACUGAUAAACUUGCUCAUGAAUUAGAAUUAUAUGGUCCUGAUUUUAAAAUACCUGACAAUAAUGACACAAUAAUUGAUGAUAUUAAAAAAGGAGUUGAUGAUUUAACAUUGAAUGAUAACAAUUCAAAAAAAUUAGAUUCGUCUGGAGCUGGCACAACAAAAGUGAUGCAAAAAAAAGGAAAGAAAUAUUGUAAAGCUAUGGGAGCAAAAAUUGAUUGGUGUCGAUCUUUCAUUAUCACUGAUAUAAAUCCUUAUUAUGAUUCAUUUGUACAUUGGCAAAUGAGAAAGUUGAAGAUGGAUUAUGAUCAUUAUUCUGGCGAAGAUCUAGCUCCUCAAAAAUAUACUGGUAUUAAACUCAAGGUGAUAGAAAGCUAA